AUGACCAGACAACAACUUAAAAAUGCAGCGAAACUCGUAAAAAAGAAUUGUAUGGCGAAGAAUAAUGUUACAGAAGAUCUCAUCGGUGAUAUAGAAAAAGGUAAAUUUAUACAACAACGAGCUGUUAUGUGUUACAUCGCUUGUGUUUAUCAAACAACACAAAUCAUAAAAAACAACAAAAUUAGCUAUGAAGCGUCUGUAAAGCAAGUAAAUAUGAAUUAUCCAGCUGAGAUGAAGGACGCAAUGUUAGUCUCGAUAGAAAAUUGCAAAUCUAUACCUAAGAAGUAUAAGGACAUCUGUGAGUCUGCGUACUGGACAGCCAGGUGCAUCUACGAAGACAACCCUGGGAACUUUUUGUUUGCAUGAUAAAAAAAGGAGUCAUUAAAGAAUAUCAAAUUAAAUGUGCUCAUUUCUGUGGAUUGAUAAAAAUUUUGGAAAAAUAUAAUUUAUUAAAUGAAUUAUUUAAAAAUAUUAAUAAACGCAAUUUGUUUAAGUUCAA